AUAAAUCUUCCGACGAACACCUCGAGCUGCCGUCAACGUCUUAGUAGGGGAAGCGAUGGGGAUCACCGGGAAUCUAAGCAAAGAGCAGCUCAGCUCCUUCAACUCCAAUGGGUUUCUAGUUAUCGAAUCAUUUUAUUCCCUUGAAGAGAUCCUUGAGAUGAGGAGUCGGAUGGUGGAGCUGCUCGACGGUUUCGAUGCCUCCUCUUCAGCUUCCAUCUUUUCCACCAAGAACCAGCAAAAGCUUACGGAUGAUUACUUCUUCGAGAGUGCAGAGAAGAUUUCGUUCUUCUUCGAAGAGAAAGCAUUUGGGGAUGAUGGAAGAUUGAGGCAGCCAAAGGAGCUCUCCAUUAAUAAAGUUGGCCAUGCUUUGCAUGAAAUUGACCCUAUAUUCAAAAAGUUUUCAAGUUCUGAAAAGAUCUCAAGCAUAUUUGUUUCAUUAGGAUACAAGAGGCCUGCAGUUAUGCAGUCGAUGUAUAUAUUUAAGCAACCAGGCAUUGGUGGAGAAGUGGUACCGCAUCAGGAUAAUUCUUUUCUCUAUACCGAGCCUCCAUCUUGCACGGGCUUGUGGUUGGCAUUAGAAGAUGCUACCAUAAUUAAUGGCUGCCUUUGGGCUAUCCCAGGAUCUCACAAGAACGGUCUUGUACGGAGAUUUAUAAGAGAUGACAAUGGCGUUCACUUUGAUCAAUGUUCACCAUUCUAUGAUCAAAAGGAGUUUGUGCCUCUCGAAGUGAAAGCAGGAACUUUAAUCGUUAUACAUGGUGACCUUAUACAUCAAAGCUUUGAGAAUAAAUCUACUACUUCAAGGCAUGCUUUGAGCUUGCAUGUGGUUGAUACUGAUGGAUACAAAUGGGCAAAAAACAAUUGGAUCCAAAGGAAAACAGCUCCAGAACCUCUCUACGUUUCUUGAUUCAAAUAUUCUGAUUAAAACUGGGCAUCCCGAUCGAGAUCACAGAGGUAUGGAUAGAGCUGCUCGUAUAGAAAACUGGCUGUUUUAUAACAAUACGAAAACUCUUCAUUUGCGUAGAUUUACACUUUCUUACGUACUGUUAACAAUCAGCGCAAGCUUUGAUUACUUUCUUCCUGAUAAAUAUUGAACCAUCUCAAACUUCACAGCUUCGAACAUUUCUGUGAAUAAUUUAAGUGUAAAUUAUCCCAUAAAAGGUGUAUUUUGUGAAAA